CACUGCUUUCAAGCUCCUGCGGACACGGUGCAUACAGGACCCAUGGCACGCAGCACUCCUCUGUGGAGAUAGUGCAGACAGACGCCUUCCUCUCAGCAUGAAGCACCUCACCCCUGCACCCCGGGCCACUCUGGCCCUCAGCCUGGUCUUUGCCUCCUUCCACUUGGUUUGCUUGGCAGAAGCAAGGAACAGCAUCAACGCAACCUUGACCACCCACCACCCAGACCCCGGAACCCUGGAGCAGUGUCCCAAUGUGGACUUCUGCCCGCAGGCAGCCCGGUGCUGCCACACUGGAGUGGAUGAAUACGGCUGGAUCGCGGCCGCGGUUGGCUGGAGCCUGUGGUUCCUCACCCUCAUCCUGCUCUGUGUGGAUAAACUGAUGAAGCUCACUCCAGAGGAGCCCAAGGAUUUGCAAGCAUGAGGCUUAGAGCCGCAGCCCCAAGAAUGGCCGUGGCCACCACUGGUUGCUCUUGAAAGGGGAGGAAGAUGGAAAGGGGGAUCCAAGGAAGGAAGGCCAGUGCCGCUUCACACCUAAAUUCACAAGGCAGUCGUGCCUUCUGAGCGCUGACAGUCUCCUUUCUUGGUCUACAGGGAGUGCUUCUCUUGUAACCGCUGCUUCCUUCUGGAAGCACAAGAAACAUGCGACCUAGACUCUUGUCCAUGCAUUCGGAGCUAAACUCAGAGCCUUCUCACCAAAAAGGUCAUUGUCUUUCAUCCCUCGCUUCAGUCAUGGGCGCCGCUGUCGCAGUUCAAAACGGAAGCGUCGUCAUUGACCCACUCUCUGUCCUCACCCCCAUGUGCCUUGCUUCUCCAGCUCUCGUCCCUUCUUCAAGGUAUCUGCCAGGGCCAUCCCGCCCCACUCUCCCCGCCGGCACCCCGGUUCUGGCCUUCCUACCUCGCCCCUACGUUGUCGCAGACCCAUCCCGUGUAGUUAUCACCGCCGGCAGGAACCUGCCUCCCCACUGGCCACUCCCCGGGGGCAGCUGUGAGCAUGACCUUCAGUAACACCUAACACAGAACUUCAGUCUGGCCCUCGGCUCCUCGAGGGAGUCCGACCACCUUCCCAGGCCUGUCUCCCCGCACAUCCAGGGCCAGGGCGCCGCAGGGCACCGAUGGCCCAGUCUUCAGCCCCCCAUCUUCCACUUCUCUGCUGCCAGGCCCUCGCCUCCAGGCCUGCCUUCCAACUCCGCCUCCAGAUUGGAGGAUUGACACUCCCUUCCCCGACGGCCGUGGGGGACCUGGAGCUGGUGCUUUUUGGGGCGCAUCUGCUCCGCCCUGAAGUGCAGCCCUCAUGAAGACACAGUCCGUGCUACUUCCUCUCACUCCUGGGGACAGAACGCUCUUCGUAACAUUUGUCCGAUGAAUGAAUGGAUGAACGAAUGAGUCCUUGCCCUAGAUGAACUUACGCUUAUCGCUCCGCAUACAGCACUUCCAUUUCUCUAUAAAUGGUUGAAAACAGCCAGUCUCUAAAAAAGCCACUUGGUUUGGUUUCUGUUCAUCCUGCACGAGGAUGCUGCUGGUCAUCGUGAACACUUCCAGUGGGGUCAGGAGGAGAGGAGUGUGGGUUCACCAGAAGGAAGAAAGGACAAAACGACUCUCUCUUUGGGAGCCUAUUUCUGCCCUUUGGGAGGGAGUAUGUAUUUAGAAAUAACAAUACAGAAAAGGGAGAGGCUUCUGAAGCAGGAAGAAGCAUCUCCUGGAGGCGGCAGGUGAUUCAAAGCUGCUUGGCUGUUCUUUUAGAAAAUCUCGAUGCCGG